AUGAACCAGAUAUUAAAUGCCCAAAGACUGAUACAAUUAUCACAAUUUCACCCUAAGCUGAAAAAUAUAUGGUACCUUGUUGCCGCUGCCACAUUCAGUGUUUGUAAUGAGCCACAGGAAAUACCUAAACUAUACCACUAUGCCAUGCUGCUCAGUAAUGAUAAUGCACACAUGUAUAGAUUCACAUUAGCUUCCCAAACCAUUGACUUACUGCGCUCAGAAUUACCAAUAAGGAAGAAUUUGAUCAAUGAAAAUUUCCAACAGCCAACGUUUUUUCAAAAACAAUUAACGGCAAAGUUUAGAGAAGUUAUUCUUAAAACGGGCCCCCUAGCUGGCCUUCCAAGAGCAAUCAAUGGUCUUACCGUGCUAAAAGAAACUACUCCGGACAUUUUACUACCGCAUUUGGAUCCAAUAGACCCGUGGGAGGCUGCCAUGGGCAACAGCUCUCCCCUUUCGGAGACAUCUAUGAGGAGGAAACAUGACAAGACAAUCCAGGAAAGAGAUCAUACUAUACAGGAUGGGUUACGGCAUUGGAAUUCAAUAUACAACAAAGUUUCGACCCGCGUGGUUAACAACUUAAACUCCUCGUACCCGGACUUAUGGUAUUAUACACUAGUCCAUGUAUAUGGUCCCUUGUUUGCUUUUGAUGAGAUACUAUCCGCCCAAGAGACAAGUUUAGUGAUAAUUGCUUCUUUGGUUCCUCAAGAUGUUAACCCUCAAUUACGUGGGCAUUUGAAAGGCGCAUUGAAUAUAGGCUGUGAUAAGGAGACCGUGGAAGCUGUGAGAGGAUUGGCUAUACUAAUAUCUCAAUGGUGUGGUGUUAAAUGGAAAUCCGGUGUUGUAAAAUUAUAA